UCCAACCAUGGACAAGGUGUAUAUGCAAUACAAGCAGUCGCUGAGCAAUGCCAACAAAAUGAUGGAUGAACUCGGGGUAGACGCUGACGGUGACAGUUUCGGGAUGGGCAUCAUUCGCAAGGAACAGGACCUCAGCAAUGAGGAGAAGCAGUACCUGCUCGCUGUGGAGCGUGGGGAUGUCCCGAGCACUCGCAAUGUCCUCAACAACCUGGCCGUCAACAGGAUCAACAUCAACUGUGUCGACCCGCUGGGCAGGACAGCACUGCUCAUCGCCAUAGAGAACGAAAAUAUUGAGAUGAUAGAACUCUUGUUGUCCUACAAUGUCGAGGUGGGCGAUGCCUUGUUGCACGCCAUUAAUGAACAGAACGUUGAAGCUGUGGAGUUGUUGCUGAAUCACGAAGUCGCACUCAAAGGAGAAGAGGCCUUGCACUCAACAGAAAGUGUUCCAUCCAGCUCGUUCACCCCGGACAUCACGCCCAUCAUUCUGGCUGGACACCGAGACAAUUAUGAAAUCAUCCAGAUCCUUCUCAACCGAGGAUACCGUAUUCCGAAGCCCCACAAUGUGCGGUGCGACUGCGACGACUGCGUCCGCGGCAUGGAGGACGACAGCCUGCGACACAGUCGGUCGCGGAUCAACGCCUACAAAGCCUUAGCCAGCCCGUCACUGAUUGCUCUGUCCAGUAAGGACCCCAUUUUGACUUCGUUUGAACUCAGCCGCGAGUUGAAGACUUUGAGCAGGCUGGAAAAUGAGUUCAAAGUGGAUUACGAGAAACUUGCUCAAAAGUGCCAGGACUUCGCUGUGGAUUUGCUGGAACAGACUCGUGGCUCCCGGGAACUUCAAAUCAUACUCAAUCACGACACGUCAGCAGCGGUGGCCAAUGAGAAGGGAGCAGAGAAAACGAAACUUAGUCGGUUAAAGUUGGCCAUCAAAUACAAGCAGAAAAAGUUUGUGGCUCACCCGAACUGUCAGCAGCUUCUUGCCUCUCUGUGGUACGAGGGUUUGCCUGGAUUCCGGCGUCGGAACAUCCUCACCAAGUUGCUCAUCACUCAGACCAUUGGAAUCAUGUUUCCUUUCCUCUCAGUCGUGUAUCUCAUUGCUCCUAAGUGUGCAUUUGGAAAUAUUAUACGCAAGCCCUUUAUCAAGUUCAUCGUCCACAGUACAUCAUACCUUGUGUUUCUAUUUUUAUUAGUGUUGGUGUCACAAAGAGUUGAGCUGCCGACAUUCUACCCAGAAGAGGAGGCGAGGCGAGUGGCUGGGUCCGAUGUUUCAUCUGAAUUACGUGGAGCACCCGCUUCAACUGUUGAAAUGUUUAUCUUGGCCUAUGUUGCUGGUUUGAUGUGGACUGAGAUUAAACAGCUAUGGAACAGUGGAGCUAAGGAAUAUAUCUAUGAUAUGUGGAAUAUUUUAGACUUUGUCACCAACUCGUUAUACGUAGCUACAUUCACACUCAGGCUUAUGGCCUGGGUACAGGUUAAGCAUGAGCGGGACCGAGAGGACCCACGGGCCGAACUACAGAGAAAGGACUGGGACGCGUACGACCCAAACCUCAUCUCGGAGGCGCUGUUUGCCGCAGCCAAUAUCUUCAGUUCUCUCAAGCUGAUCUACAUAUUCACGGUGAAUCCCCACUUGGGGCCGCUGCAGAUCUCCCUGGGCAGGAUGAUAAUGGACAUAAUGAAGUUUGGCUGCGUCUAUCUCAUCGUGCUCGUUUCCUUCGCGUCAGGGCUCAAUCAUCUCUACUGGUACUAUGCAACUGUACGCAAGGACGAGUGUGAAGCGGGAACCGAGGAGUCGUGUGAGAGAAAAUACAAGAGUUUUGCAAAUUUGUUUGAAAUUUCUCAGAGUUUAUACUGGUCAAUCUAUGGCCUGGUUGAUCUGGAGUCAGCUGAAUUGCGACCUCGGUUUAAACAUGAGUUUACAGAAUUCAUUGGAAAACUCAUGUUCGGCACUUACAGCUGGAUCGCUUUUGUGGUUCUCCUUAACAUGUUAAUAGCAAUGAUGAGCAAUUCGUAUCAGAUAAUAUAUAGCCAAGCUGAUGAAGAAUGGAAAUUUGCACGUUCCAAACUGUGGAUCAGCUACUUUGAGGAAAGUGGAACAUUACCUCCACCUUUCAAUAUCAUUCCCAGUCCAAAGACAUUUUAUUAUGUUUUGUUGUGGUUCAAAAACAAACUUUGUGCCUGCUCCAAAAAACAAAAACGAAGUCGAUGGCAAAGUAUAAAGAAAAUUGUCAAGAAAAUAAAUGAAAAGGAACUAAACUACCAGGUUGUGAUGCGAGAUCUAGUGAAGCGCUAUAUCAUGCAGAAACAGCGCAGCCCCGACCACGGGGAUGGCGUCACCGAGGACGACAUUAAUGAACUGAAGCAGGACAUCUCAUCGUUCCGCUUUGAGCUUCUCGAGAUCCUCCGCAGCAACGGGAUGAAGACUCCCAACCCGAACCAGCAGAAACCGACAAAUCGCAGACUAUCCCGAAAGCGGAGUCUUAUGUCUCUGGAUCGGAUCAAGAGAUCUUUAUCUAUGGAACCCCUGCAUGAGUUGUCGACCACACAGGGAAACAAACCCUGGAAGUCGAGUUCCCUAAAGAUGGACACACUGAGUGUGGACAGGGCCUUCAUUGCAUCCACCGUACCUCGAGUGGAAGUCACCAAUAACACGGCCAUUAUUAGAGAAUCAAUUCCCGAGGAAAUGGAACGUAAGAGGAGAGAGUCCAUGAAGGCCGCCGACCUUGCAGAAGAAUUUGAUAGAAAACGAAGAGAAUCCAUUAAGACGGAAGACCUGGAGAAAAAACGAAGGGAAUCCACAAAACCUGACCUAGCUGAACUGUUGCUGAAGCCAGCUGAUGCUGCGCGAAACGCAUCAUCGCAUCAGGAAACCAAGGCCGAUCCCAACACCAGCGAAUUUCAGGUCUGGGAGGAGAGACCUCGUUUAGUGAACGAGAUAGCACAGUCAGCGGUGGAUAGGCCUAACUCGACGGAAAGCAGUGGAUCACACAAAAAGGAUGAGGGUUUGGGCGAGUCAUUCGACCAGUAUUCAGAACUCAGUGAUUCAUUAUCACGUAAUGGUAACCAUGCAACCGGCAGUGAAAGCACAGUCAGCGACAGGUUCAAAGCAGGCGCGUCCACGCCCUCUCUAAGUACAGGCAAUGGCAGUGAGGUAAAGGCGGGGUCUUCCUCCUCGCCCUCUCUUCAAUCGGUCAACGAAUCGCCAGUUGAUGUCCUUGCCAGCAUUUGCUCAAGCAAAAGAGUCACUUUUAUGUGACUGUCGACCUUGUGAUAUUGGAAAAACAUAGUUGUCCCGUUUACUGAACUUUAAACAUAAAUUGGAAUUUAAGAGAUUUUAAUGACGAAUGAAACAGUGGAAUUAGGGUACCUUUACAACACAGAAAAACAGUACAUGUUAUGAAUUAAUCUGAAAAAGAAAAGCAUAAAUAUUAUUUAUUACAAAUACAUUUUGAAACUUAAUUGAAACUGAAUCACAAUAUGUAAGUUAUAUCUACAUACACAUAUGAAGAAGUGGAUAUUAAAAUACACACGCACGCACGCAAGCUCGCGCGCGCGCACACACACACAUGUUAAAAAUACAAUUUCCAAAUAUUUCUUAAAUUCCAGUAUUAAAAGGUUUCACUAAAUGGCAAUUAUAUUGAUGAGUAUGCCUUAAGCUUGUUAUUUGUUUGCAAAUUUUGUUAACUUGUUCAUUGAGGACCAUUUCUAGUGCUCUUGGUGGCAGGCCGGCCGGCCGGCGUGAAGCACACCUUGGCAAACACUUUGUUGUCUUUGUGAAAUGUGAUUUGAUUGUAUGUCUUUUCAAGAACUCCUCUUAAACAUUUGUUUGAUUUAUACGCACAUGAUGUCACAUGGUUUAGUUACAUCAAGUCAUAGACAAUAUAUCAUUGUGGCAUUUGGUUUGGUUAAACUCAAGCCAUAGUACAUUUUUGUUUAGUUUAUAUCAAGUUAUAGACGGUAUAUUACUGUGGACAUUUGGUUAAUUUAACACCAAUCCACCUGUUUUAGUUGACAUCAAGUCAAAGAGUAUAUCAAUGUGGGUUCGUGGUUUCAUUAACAUUAAAUUCUAGACGGUGUAUAUUUGUGAGUCCUUUGUUUAGUUAACAUCAAGCCAUAGGCAAUGGCAGAACCAUAACUAAUUUAUGUAUCAAUAUGUGCACUAUGACUACGUUAACACAAAGUCAUAGACAAUAUAUUAUUCUGGGUACUUGUUUUAGUUAAUAUCAAACCACAGACAAUGUGGUUACAUGGGUUAAUCGACAGAACCAUAGACAAUGUAUCAGUGUGUGCACUUGAUUAAGUUAACACGGAACUACCGACAAUAAAGCAAUGUGUGCACUUGGUUUAUGUAACAUAAAAACAUCAUGUCAUAUAAAAUGUAUCAUUGUGGACAAUUGGUUUAGUUAACACCAUGUCAUAGACAUUUCUUACACACUUGUAUGUGAGAUGGCCCAUUGUACAUCAAUUUUGUCUCAAAUAUAUCUUGGAGAUCGCUUCCAAGGUUUGUGUUAGCGGUUCCGAGGUCAUGACCCAAGUGUCUUUAGUAAUCAUAAAUGUAUGAUAUAAUUUUAGUAUGUCAUAUGAAUCUAUGAUGUCAUUAACUUGUACACUUUCAACUUAAUGUUCAAGGCUCAAUUUCACAAAACAUCGUAAGCCUAGUUUUUCACAUAAACGUAAAUCUACGACUAAACCACAAUUCGUAUUAUUAAUUGUAUAUUUGUUCAUAGUUUGAAUUACACAUAUUUUAUAUUGUUUUGUCCUUAAAAUGCUCCAUAUUCAGAAAUUAUGUAAUUUUCUGUGUGAUGUAGAUGCCAAACAUUUCGCCAGUAUAACUGCUACUCACAGACGUAAAUUUGCGAUGUUUUGUGAAAUUGGCUCGUCUUUUGUUCAGUGUUUGUUCAUUAAACUAUAAUAAAACUACUUUUUCAGGGUGUUUAAUAAAUAUAAUAAUACACUCAUGCCCGUUGGAGACGAUUUAUCUUAUAAGUUUUCCAACCGUAUCUAACUCGCUUUCACUUGUUAAAUACAUUUGGCAACCACUCGCAAGAUAAAUCGUCUCCAAUGAGUACUCGUGUAUUAUUUUCUAUAUCAGUGCAUUUGGUUUAGCUAUAGAUACUAUAUUAUUGCGCUUAGUUCAGAUAACACCAAGCAAUAGACAGUGCAUUUGAUUUAAUUACAUUGGGUCAUAGUUAAUAUAUCAGUGUAGACACUUGGUAUUAUUGAAACCUCAGUCUUGCCCACCCAUUAUUUAAUAUAUUGUACUAAUGCACAUUUGCAUAUACAAGCCGGGACGCAAUAUUAAUGCAUUAUGCAACAACACCGAAGAUGGGGCGUCAUAAUAACAAACACAACCUAUUCAAAUGGCCAGAAUUACACAUAUCAAGAGACUGAAGUGGAUAAAUGGCAGAUGAAAGGUAGGGAAUUAAACUAUAGGUGAUCUGUUGAAUAUUAAACAUACUUGAGAUUUUGGACUUCACCAUCAAGCCGCAGCCAAUGUGAUAGUGAGGACAGUAUCUGUUGGUAUAGCUGAUCGAAAUUAGAGACCUGUUGUAAUCCAGCAGACGACCUAAUCUGAAGUUACGUGAUGUGUGCUAUAUUAGCACGAUUAAUAAUCGUUUGGAGCAAAAUAACUGAAGUGAUGGUUUCAACCUGCCUCGCAACCUACGAGGCAUAUCGAAAGAUAUCCGGUCAUUGUGGACUAGCACCAAACAUCGUGUCAAUGGAAGUACACGUUUUAACUGAUGCAAUUUAUAAAGUGGCUGAUUCAAUGAGGCAGUUUACAAAUUGCCUAACAUUUCCAGUCAUGUUGAAUGGAAAAGCAUACCCUUUAUUUGACAAUUGACUAGAAAUUGUAUUCAUGAAAGCUAUAUGUAUAUUUUAUCAUAACUUUAAACAUCUAAUACAAAUAUUUGUUAUAAGAAUACGAAUUCCGUGGAAUUAAACGUGUUGUCUGCCAUAACUAAUUAUUUAAACUCAUACAUACGUUCAUCUUAAAUUGACUGAUUUUGGACAUUGACUCUUAACACACAUUGGUUAGCUGACGUCACAAAGUGUGUGUUAAUGUGACUAUUUCGUUAUCAGUGUAUAUAUAUUGGUUAGCUGACGUCACAGAAUGUGUGUCAAUGUGGACAUUUGCUAUCAAUGUAUAUGCAUUGGUUAGCUGACAUCACAGUGUAUGUUAAUGUGGACAUUUGCCAUCAGUUUGUAUAUAUUGGUUAGCGGACGUCACAGAGAGUGUGUUAAUGUGAACAUUUGUCAUCAGUGUAUAUACAUUGGUUAGCUAACGUCACAUCGUGUGUGUUAUGUGGAUAUUUGCCAUCAGUGUGUAUAUAUAUUGAUUAGCUGACGUCACAGAGUGUGUGUUAGUGUGGACAUUUGCCAUCAGUGUAUGUACAUUGCUUAGCUGACGUCACAGAGUGUGCGUUAAUGUGACUAUUUCGUUAUCAAUGUAUAUACAUUGGUUAGCUGACUCCACAUAAUGUGGUAAUGUAUGCAUUACUGGUGUAUCGGUGUAAAUAGCUGGUUUAGCUGAUGUCCACCAACAUACUGGGUUUCAGUGUGGGAUCAUCAUUAUCGCUGUAUGUUCUAUUCACAAAUCUGAUUUUGAAAACUGGCUGGGUUUACAUAAAUAAGAUGGAACUACUGAAAGAAACGUCGUAUAUAAUAGGUUCUUGAAAACAAUCUUUGAUUGUGGUAUUUGUUUCUGGUUUUAAUGUUUUAGAAACUUUUUUAUUUUAAAAGGUUUUAUUUCAACUGCAAUCAGCUCAUUGUUUUGCAGCAGUGUUAUUUUCAAAUUGUUGCACCUAAUGAUUUUCAUUUAACUAUUAUACCUUCACGUAAAUACGAUGGAACUACGAACAGAAAUUUCUUGAAAAGAAUCUUUGAUUAAAGCACAUUGUCUGGUUUUCAAUUUUGUAGAAACGUUUAUUUAAAAUGUUUUAUUUUGAUUACAAUUAGUUCAUUGUUUUGUAUUGGUGUUAUUUUCAAACUGUCACACCUCUUAAUGACUUUCAUUAAACUGUUAUAUCUG